CACACCAAGAACUCAUAAUAAUAAAAUGCAAUAUCCACGGAUCUAAGAUUAAUGCUAGCUCCAGGCACGGUAGAAAUCCACGGAAAUUCUGUCCCUUAGUCUAGAAGCGACUCCUUAUGUAAGGCCGGGCAAACUCGCUGACACAUUAAGCCACCCACAGACAGGUGUUUCCUCAUGGCAUUUCUAAUUCUCUCUGACCAGCUGAAAUCGGCCAUGGAACGUCUCGGCUGCCACCAACUGUAAGCAGCAACGAGUUGUCGCCAGCGGGUUGUGGAAGUCGUAGGGCUUCUGGACAUGCAUAUACCAAUGUCCGGCAAUAAUCCUGAUGCAAGCCGCGGAACACGUGCCACCAAAGGUAUGGCCCAUCGUCCUGACGAUAAUAACAGCUUCACAGCAUGCAUGCUAAUUGACCCUGCACAGUGUGGACCACUCUGAUAACCAAUGCUGCUUACCUUCCCGGCGUGCUCACCCUGGAGUAUUCCCUGCGAAGAUCUGGCUCCAAGUACCCGCUCGUUGUUCUCUACACGGACUCGUUUCCUCCCGAAGGCCAUGCUGCUCUCGAUGCUCGUGGUAUACUGAAACGCCAUGUCACUUACCUUCUUCCUGCUAUGCACAAAGAUUAUGCCAAUGAUGUCCGUUUCUACGACUGUUGGAGCAAGCUCGCAUCAUUCUCGCUUGUCGAGUAUGAGCGCGUGGUCCAGCUUGACGGGGACAUGCUGGUUCUCCAGAACAUGGACGAGUUGAUGGAUCUCGAGCUGGAUCCUCCUGAGAUGGAGGGCAAUGCAAACCGCGUCUUCGCGGCAAGCCAUGCUUGUGUUUGUAAUCCGCUCCACAAAGCUCACUACCCCAAAGACUGGAUUCCGGCAAACUGUGCAUUCACGACGCAACAUGAUACCCCCGACGAUGCACAGGUAGCUGGUGCCUCAGCCACUGCGGGCCAUGGUAUGGCUAAUGGAGGCCUGCAAGUCGUGAAUCCGUCUCAGGCGAUCUACGAUAAGAUCACCAACCAGCUUGCUACUUCCGCCACCACGAAUUACGACUUCGCUGAUCAGUCUCUUCUCUCGGACAUAUUCCGCGGCCGCUGGGUCACGAUUCCAUACAUCUACAACGCGCUGAAGACCAUGCGAUGGAAGGGUGUUCACGAUGCUAUCUGGAGAGAUGACAAGGUUAAAAAUGUACACUACAUCCUCAGCCCGAAGCCUUGGGAUGAGGAUGGAAAUAUCCGGAAAGAGCCCGGUCCGGAUCGGGACCCAUCACACGCAUGGUGGUGGGAGUUUACCGAAGAAAGAUAUAAGGAGGAGGAAUCGAGAGGCGUGCGCGACCGGUUUUAGUAUUGAUAUUCAUUGUCUUUCAUAGGGCUCUUUCAUUUCUGCUAUACAGCACCCUUGGCUAAGGGGCGCUCUUACUGCAUACGACUGUUGUUGUCAUCCUACGCCUCUAAUGUUAGAAAAAUAGUAAGAUCAAUGUUUC